AUGGAGAAAGAAUUGCUUGUUCUCAUGAUUUCUUCACCAAGUCGGGAUGAUCUUGUGUUUCCAAAGGGUGGAUGGGAGGAUGAUGAAACGAUGAGUGAAGCUGCCCGUCGUGAGGCCUGGGAGGAAGCAGGAGUGAAGGGAGUUCUUGGUGAAACUCCACUGGGAGAUUGGGAGUUCAGAAGCAAGAGCAAACAGAAUAGCUGCAGCCAGCAAGGAGGUUGUAGAGGUUUCAUGUUUGCAAUGGAGGUGACUGAAGAGCUCGACUCCUGGCCUGAGCAGGCUAACUAUGGAAGGAAAUGGCUUACCAAAGAAGAAGCAUUCAGAGUCUGUCGGUAUGACUGGAUGCGGGAAGCGCUUAGAAAAUUUGUGACAGCUCUCUCAGAGAGCAGGGAAAAUGACACAAUAAAAGAACUGGAAGUUCCUUUGAGGCCAAUCUCAGAAGUUGAAGGCUGCUUUGGCAGUCAUCCUAGCAUCCAGCAGCUUGCAGCUUGA